AUAUGAUGUAAUGUGUCAAGUGCAGUAAACAACUUACAGAGGGAAGCAACCCGUAUUAUACUGUGUUAGUUCCGAUUUUUCUAAGACGACGAGAUUGAAUUUUGUUUUUGGAGGCACAAACACAACAAACAAAGUGAGAUAAGAUCAGAUUCACAGGACACGACACGAACAUUAAUCUUAAACCCUUUAUCAUUUGAAUGAACGAACGAGAACGACCAUGUCUUUCUCGUGGACCUCUGCUCUCAAUAUCACUUUUCUACUUCUCCUCGUUGCUGCUGCUGUUGUUGCUUGUUUAACUCUCCCAGUUGACAAGAUUCUGAAGGACUUGUUGGAAUGGAUUGAUCGUAAUUUAGGGCCAUGGGGUCCACUUGCUUUGAUUGCUGCUUACAUUCCUUUGACUGUCUUGUCUGUUCCAGCCUCUGUACUUACUCUUGGUGGUGGUUAUCUAUUUGGCCUUCCAAUUGGCUUCAUUGCUGACUCUAUUGGUGCAACCGUUGGUGCUGUAGCUGCAUUUCUUCUUGGUAGAACAAUUGGGAAAUCACUUGUUGUUUCUAGGUUGAAGGAUUAUCCACAGUUUAGAUUAGUAACAAUUGCAAUUCAGAGAUCUGGCUUUAAGAUUUCAAUACUCCUUCGGCUUGCUCCAUUUGUACCAUUUAACAUGUUAAAUUACCUCCUAUCUGUGACUCCUGUUCCAUUAGGGGAGUACACACUGGCUUCUUGGUUAGGAAUGAUGCCAAUAACACUGGCACUUGUAUAUGUUGGAACUACGUUCAAGGAUCUAUCAGAUGUGACUCGUGGCUGGAGUGAGUUCUCAAAGACUCAUUUGCCUUGGAUCAUUUCUGGCCUGGUGAUAUCUGUGGUUCUAAUGAUAUGGGUUACUAAAGUUGCCAAGUCUGCUUUAGAUGAAGCCUUGGCAGAAUGUGAAGAUAUGAAUGACACUGCAUCUUCACCAGAGCUACCAAUUGUCACUGAAACUUUAGUAGAUCUCAAUCAGCCUCUCAUAAAUAAGACAAACCAGGAUGAAGACAAUCUAAAUUCCAGUGUGUAAAUUCUUUCCCUACCCCCACCUUUUAAAGGCUAUUCUUUUGUCUUUUUUAAAACAGUAGCUGCUAGUGCUGCUUAUUUAUGAUUUGUACAGUUUUGGCAUUAGAGGUGUAGUUUGUGACACAAAUGGUUAAUAAUACAAUCAAGAUGACGUUAUUGAAUAUGUUUAACGGCAGAAAAGUUCA